AUGUUGCCCCACUACGCCUCCUCGGUGGCCGGUGUGGCCACUUAUCUCAGUAACGUAUUUCACUACCGAGCCGCCACACCGCGUUUUGACCGCGGUCGAAAACCUCGCUCAAUAAAAGCGAAAGUUCAGGAAAAGGUUAGCUGGCAGGAGGAACUUGAAGGAUACCUGAACCUUCGAACCGAUGAAGAUGACCCAUGUCAGUUCUGGGGGCUCAACGAGAGUCGAUUUCCAACUCUCGCAGCGCUAGCACGGGAUAUUUUCUCUAUUCCUGCUACAGGGGCAGAGUUCGAUAUGGAACAUGCAGAGGCUACGAUAUUCACGCAAAGUGAGGAUUUAAACGAGAGAAUGGAGGCUGACGAAGAGGCGGAGGCACAGCUUGAUAACUAUAAAGCAAUCGUCAUUAGUGGCCAUGAAGAGGAAGAGGAAGAGGAGCAAUUUGAUGAUACUUUGCAGCCCGAAAAUUAUGCUGGCAGUGCUGAUGAUGACUUGGAUGAACUCCCACUUCCAGUUAAUUCAACUCUUUAA